UUGGGUUCACUGGUUCAGAACAUAACUGGACUCCUGAAGAAUGGUUUUAGCAACUUUUAAAGAGCUUAGACAAACAUGGAAUUUCUUUUUGUCAUGUUCAAAGAAAAGGAAGGAACAUCAUUAGCAGAACUUGAGCUGUGUAAUGUUGAAGAUCUCAGCUCCUAACAGCUGCAGAAGUCUUAGGCAAUGAGGACACAGUACAUUGGAAGCUGUGCUAUUGAUUGGCCCCUGGAUGCCUGAGUUACAGAACAAGAACUAGUUCAUUGAUUCACUGUAAUUUUUUUCAAAGUGAAGGGAAACUAGAGGGAAGUGACCCAUCGUUUAUCAUAUCAACAAUCUGUUUGUUUUUCUUGUCCCUACCAGUUGUCUAUUUAAUGUCAGGGAUGGGCGGUUCAUUCCUAGUAUUGCAGGCAGCAGGUUGGGUUCGUGUUCAGCUGCCUCGACUUUCGACUCAGCAUUGUCGCACUAUGUCUUCUCAAAAACACCUAAUGCCACCCCCUGCAGCAUUGUUACAGCCACUGUCUGUCCCAGACAGGUUAUUGCUUGGCCCUGGGCCCUCCAACUGCUCUCCCCGGAUCUUGUCCGCAUGUGGUCGACAGCUCAUAGGACAUGUCCACAAAGAGAUGAUCCAGAUAAUGGAUGAGAUCAAGCUAGGAAUCCAGUAUGCAUUCCAGACACAGAACCCACUCACACUGGCUGUCAGUGGUACUGGUCACUGUGCCAUGGAAGCGGCCUUUGUGAACAUGGUGGAGCAAGGAGACAAAGUGCUGAUUGCCGUGAAUGGAAUUUGGGGAGAACGAGCAACUGACAUUGCCAAAAGGCUUGGUGCAGAUGUUUACCAGCUUAUGAAGGCCCCAGGAGAGUAUUUUACUCUAGAAGAAAUUGAGAGGAAUUUGGUGCAACACACUCCAAUUUUGUUUUUCAUCACUCAUGGAGAAUCAUCUACUGGAGUGGUUCAGCCAUUAGAUGGCCUUGGAGAACUUUGUCACAGACAUAAUUGCUUGUUGCUUUUGGAUGCUGUGGCAUCACUAGGGGGUACUCCACUUUUCAUGGACCAACAAGAAAUUGACGUUGUCUACUCCGGUUCCCAGAAAGUCUUAAGUGCUCCACCUGGUGCUUCUCCCAUCUCUUUCAGUAUGAGAGCCAGGAAGAAGAUUUACAGCAGGAAGACAAAACCAACUUCCUUCUAUCUGGAUAUGGAAGAACUGGCUAAAUACUGGGGCUGUGAUGACAACCUCAUAAGGUAUCAUCAUACCGCACCUAUCAACACAUUCUUCGGUCUACGAGAGGGCUUAGCAAUUCUUGCAGAACAGGGACUUGAGAAUUUUUGGACUCGUCACAAGGAGACUAGUUUGUACCUGUGUGAAGGGCUGCAGAAGCUAGGUCUCCAACUCUUUGUGAAGAAACUGGAGGCAAGGCUUCCCACAAUCACUACUAUCUCUGUGCCUAAAGGAUAUGACUGGAAGGAAGUAACUGAAUACAUUAUGAAAAACCAUGGGAUUGAGGUUUCAGGAGGCCUGGGCCCUUCAGCAGGCAAGGUUUUUCGAAUAGGAUUGAUGGGGUACAACUGCACUAAAUUCAAUGUCGACAGAGUCCUCCACGCCUUGGAAGAUGCCCUUCAACACUGUUUGAAGAACAAGCUGUGAGACCCCACCUGUUUCUCUGCCUCUGUUCCACCUCCCAUAUACUUAGUGCUAAAUCAUCAAGCAUUUAUGCCAUCUCAUCACAUUUCACAGCUGUACACAUUGAUGCUGUCUGUCCAGAACAGAAAAACUUCAGUGAAAAAGCAACGAACUGAUGAUCCAAGUCUUGCAAACUACCUAUGGCCUUUUCACACCAUCAUUCAAAAGUGCUUCUCAAAUCUGCUUUCUUCAUUCAUUAACUGGUAUAACCAGCGCUUCCCAUUUACAGGGCAAAGCCUUCAUUUUCAAUGAAUGUUAUACUAUGCAAGUUACCACAACAAAACUUUCAUGUAAGAAGUUUCUCUAUGGUUGGGGGUUUGUCCACCUACUGCUUUAUUAUUACCUCUGUGUUUUUCUUUACAUCACUGGAUGUAUCAUUGUCCAAGUUGGCAUAUGCAUGCAAUGCCACAAAUAGGUCUCUUUACACAAAACUUUCAAAUUUUUCCCACAGCCUCUGGCUGUGUUGGUAGUGCCGAGAUUUGUUCUUACCUCUUUUGUCUUUGGGUAGCAGUCUAAAAGAGGUAUUCACUAGGGGUAUGCAUUUGGAUAUACCAAACCAAAAAAAAGGGCACACUUUUAAUAGAGCUGAAAAGGCAAAAGCCAAAAAGUUGACUUUUUUCAGAUUCUGCAGGUCUAUUAUCUUUGCAGCGCUCUGGAGUGUUUAAGUGUUUUUUAGGUACAGCCACCAAAUUUGCAGCAUAGCUGCAGGUGACUCUCUUAUAAGACCCCAAGUUUGAUGAAACUAGGGUUAGGGGGUUCAAUUUUAUGGGGCCCCAGAGAGGGUGCGCCCAUCCAUCGUCCAUUGGAAACAAUCGAGGAAAAUGUGGAGGCCCAUAAAAUUGGAUCCCCUGACCUAAUCUUCACCAAACGUGGGGUUCUUGUAAGAAGCUCUACAUUAAAAAAAACUGCCCCCAAAGGCCCACAACAUUUUCCCUUAGGGUUUAAUGGACUCAAACAUUUGAGCUGCACAGUAUCAACAUACUAUAAUUUCAAUACCCGUCAAUAUUUAUGUCCCCAUCAAGAAAAGUAACAGACUGACAAAGAAACAUUAAGAUGACAGUUACAGAGUUGAAGGUGGUGUCACAGAGCAAUAAUUUUUUCCAUCAUGCAUGCCCUAUUGUUUUCUUAGAAAAAGUUUUCCACUUUUUGAAGCAUUUCCAAAUAAUCAUGGACCCCACUAUAAGCAACAAUCAUCCAAUGGCUAUUGUAGGUUUUCCGGGCUGUAUUGUCAGACCACAACUACACAGCCUGAAAAAACCACAUCCAGUUGAUUCUUGCCAUGAAAGCUGUCAACAAUGCAAACACUCUAUAACUUGUCAAUCUUUAGCCUAUUCACUGAAAGCUGAAAGAAAACCAAAUCUAGCUGACAGUAAAUUUAGACCAAGUUGUGUUUUAUACUGUGAAGACUCACUUCUUUAGGACUGAAGUGGUUUACAAGAAAGUUAAAAGAAGGAUUCAACCCUUACCUAGUGGAAGCCCUGCAAAAGAUAAACAAAUUCUUUCAACAGUUCUGAACCUAUUCAAGUGUAAAGCAAACUGCACUAAAACAUGCUUGUUCCACACCAUUGCUUUACAUUCCUAUGGAAGAUCAAAUACCUUUUUAAUGCAAAUCAAGCAUUCUGCACUCCAACAACAAAUAAUUCACCACCCUGCCUUCCUUAUUCAAAAAAGACAAAUAUUUUUAAUAUUCUUCUAAAUAAAAGGUUAUUAAUAAAACAAAUCACUAGAGAAGUGUGCUAAUUUUCAAUUCCAGUAAACAAGAAUGCAACUUUGUAUUUGUUAAGCAAACUUUAAUUUUGCAUUACAUAGUUCUGAAUUAAUUUGGACAGCUGAAGUCUGAUAAGGGCAAAAUUCAACUUCAGGUCUUCCCAGCUCUGACCCAAAUAUUAAUGUAGUGUAUUAAACUAUUCAAAUUGAGCCAGAGCCUGUUAAUUCCUGGCCUAAAGCUUCCUAUGAUGACAAUUUUGCUCACAUUUGAUUUUGCAAGUUCUCUUUGAAUAUGGAAAAACAUUAAAGGAAAUUCGCCAA